UCUAUGUUUUCUUUUCUUUUCUUUUACACUUGAUUUCAAUUGGGGUGUGUUUGGAUGCUUUCCCAUCAGAUUCUUCACUCAGGGGACACACACAGCUUUUGAAGAUCCAAACCAUCCAUCAAUGCCACAUACCCCUGCUUAGUUCUCUCUCUCUUCAAAGCUAGGGUUUUUUCCCUAUAUAUCUCUAUUGUCACCCCCAAAAUUUGCAUUAAAUUACAUCACAACCACUUUGAUAGUCGAAUUCUCCCACCUAGUUUCUGAAACACAGAGCUUUGGGAUUGGGUUUGGUGGGAAAGUCUCUGAAUUGGGUUAGAUCACAGAUCAUACUGUGGGAAAUUCCCCUGUUUUUGCUGAUUUUUCUGAAGGUUUUAUGGGUUUUCUUCGUGCCCAUUUGAUUUGUUGACUUUUAGACUGAGAAUUUAAUCAGAAGGCGCUGAGAUUGAAACAUAUCAAAUUGUAUGCAUAGUGCAUGGAGUGGAUUGUGGAGGCAGUGCGUAAUUUUCAGAGAUUUUUGUGUUGAAGGGUUGUGAUUUGGGAUUGGUGGUUUGGUUCCAUACAAAUUUGAGGUUUUGGGGGAGUUUGGAUUUGAUUUGGUGGCCCUGCAUGUGUAAGCUUUAAGGGUCCUCCGCUCAGUUGUGGAGGAUCCUAUUACUAAGCCACAAAAAAAAAAAAAAAGAAAAAAAAAGAAAAAACAGAGUAGGGGUUUUGAAGUGUGAUUAUAAAGUGUUCGUAAUUUGUGUGAUAAACAGUACCGAGUUUUUGCGGCAAAUAAUCAAGUGGGAAGGUGGUGUUGAAUUUUGCAGCUUGUGGAUUGGUUUUUGGCAAAAAAUUUGCAUUAUUUAUAUAUAUAAAUCUAUCUAAUUUGGUGGGAAAUGUUUGGUUCUGGUCCGGGUACUGCACAUGAAAGCAGAGGACUUUCUGGACCGGUUCUAAUUCCAACGCGGUUUGUUUGGCCUUAUGGCGGAAGGAGGGUGUUUCUCAGUGGUUCUUUCACAAGGUGGUUAGAACAUAUACCUAUGUCUCCAAUGGAGGGCUGCCCAACUGUUUUUCAAGUUGUUUGGAACUUAACGCCAGGAUAUCACCAGUACAAAUUUUACGUUGACGGUGAAUGGCGAUAUAAUGAGCAGCAGCCUUUUGUUACUGGGAAUUGUGGAACUGUAAAUACCAUCUUUCUAGCUGGGGAACCAGAUAUGGUUCCUACUAGUUUCAGUCCUGAGACUUCUGGUAGAUCCAACAUGGAUGUAGAUAAUGAUGUAUUUACACAUGUGGAAGCAGUUCCUAGGUUCUCACAGGCUGAUCUCGACAUCUCUCGACAUCGUAUAUCUAUGUUCUUGUCCAGACAUACUGCUUAUGAGUUGCUUCCUGAGUCAGGCAAGGUCAUUGCCUUGGAUGUUAAUUUACCUGUGAAGCAAGCAUUCCAUAUCCUACAUGAACAGGGAGUACCUGUGGCGCCACUCUGGGAUUUUGGCAAGGGCCAAUUUGUUGGAGUUCUUAGUGCAUUGGACUUCAUCCUAAUUUUGAAAGAGCUUGGGAAUCAUGGGUCCAACUUAACUGAGGAAGAGCUUGAGACUCAUACUAUAGCAGCAUGGAAAGAAGCAAAAUUACGUCUAAACAGACAACUUAAUGGCAAUGGGAGAUGCUAUCCACGACGUUUGGUCUCUGCUGGGCCUUAUGAUUCUCUCAAAGAAGUUGCUUUGGGAAUUUUGCAAAACAAGGUGGCUACGAUUCCAAUUGUCCAUUCUUCUUCACAGGAUGGUUCAUUUCCACAGCUAUUGCAUCUUGCUUCUCUUUCUGGAAUACUAAAAUGCAUAUGCAGGCAUUUUAGACAUUCUUCUAGCUCCUUGCCCAUUCUCCAACAUCCUAUAUCUGAGUUCCCUAUAGGUACAUGGGUUCCAAAUAUUGGGGAGCCAAAUGGACGGCCGUUGGCAAUGUUGAGACCAAAUUCUUCUCUUGCUGAUGCUCUGUCUUUGUUGGUACAAGCUGAAGUUAGUUCAAUACCCAUUGUGGAUGAGAAUGAUUCGUUGCUGGAUAUUUAUUCACGAAGUGAUAUUACCGCUUUGGCAAGAGAUAAAGCUUAUACACAGAUUCACCUAGAUGAAUUGAGCAUCCAUCAGACAUUGCAACUGGGACAAGAUGCAAAUUCUCCUUAUGGCUUCCUCAGUGGACAGAGAUGUCAGAUGUGUUUGCGAUCGGAUCCUUUGCAUAAAGUAAUCGAGCGCUUGGCUAAUCCUGGGGUUAGGAGGCUGGUGAUUGUGGAGGCUGGCAGCAAACGUGUAGAAGGGAUUAUUUCAUUGAGUGAUGUAUUCAGGUUCUUGCUAGGCUAGCUAUCUUAAAGAUGUUGGCUACGAUAUACCAUGGCGUAGCUUGUGGCAGUGGCAUUGGGGGCGAUUUCCCUUUGGACACUUUUUUUAUGUCUUACACAUGCUGAAUGGCUUCAUUUAAUCACUCAGAUCUUUUACGGGCCUCGUGUUUCUGAGCCCCAUCUUUUGCUAGAAUAGAAAUUUCAAAGAGAGAAUCUGUAAAUUGUGAGGAUUCAAAAUUUCCCUUUUUCAUUGGUAUAAACCUAUUUAUCAACC